AUGAUGUCCCUGUCUGGUGAUCCCCCACAACUUUUUACUCACAAUCUAAUCACCCUGAUGAAGAUGAAGGCACAGGGUCACUCAAUGAACUCCAAAAUGGGCCGCGUUUCGAAGCUUUUCCUCAAACGCUUUUCGCCCUCCAAUAAGGUUUCCAAAACAAAGGGCUGCCUAAAGGCUGCACUUGUGCGACACCCUUUCAACGGCGCCCGUUACCUUUGUGCGGCCUUUCCAAAUGAGAUUCUUGUCAUGGAGUGGUUCAAUCCCCUGGUGACCUUCAUUGAAACUAAACGCGUAAGCCCUCUUCUCUCUUUCUCUUGUUCGGUCCUUGAGGAAGCUUGUUCUUCAAAUUCCUUCGUUUUUUCUUCUUGUCAUAUAUGUUCUAUCUUUUCUCGAGUGAACUGA